ACUAUAUAUAUAAUCUUACCUUCAUCCCAAACAAACCACGUACAAUCUUAUUCUACAAAGCAAAUUAAUUAACCAUGUCUAAGGUAGGCUCUUCACUACCGGUUUUUGCCCUAGAUGAAAAACCACCCUCAAAUUUUCGGCCUAUUGCAGAAUUUCCCCCUUCAGUUUGGGGGGAUUAUUUCCUUUCUUAUGCUUCUAGUUCUGAGGAACUUGAUCAGGACAUUGAGACACAAAUUAAAAUGCUAAAAGAGGAAGUGAGUAAGAUACUUGUCUCCAAGACCGAGGAGCCCUUAGCAAAAAUUGACUUAAUUGAUUCAAUUUGUCGUUUGGGUGUGAAUUAUCACUUUGGAAAUGAGAUUGAUGAAGUUUUACAACAAAUUCACAAGAAUUAUGUUGUUAAUGGAGAAAUUAUCGUCCAAUCCAACCUUUGUUCUCUUGCAUUGCUAUUUAGAAUAUUGAGGCAACACGGAUUUUAUGUUUCACCUCUUGUGUUUGAAAAUUUCAAGGAUGAGCAAGGAAACUUUGGUGAAAAACUUGUCACUGAUGUUGAGGGAAUGUUAUGCUUAUAUGAAGCCUCACAUAUGAUGGUUCACGGGGAAGACAUUUUAGAAGAAGCAUUGGCAUUCACUUCCACUCACCUUGACUCCAUUGUCACCCAACUGACCCCUUCUCUUGCAGCUCAAGUCAAGCAUAGCUUAAGGCAACCUCUUUACAAGAACUUGCCUAGGCUAGAGGCACGACAUUACAUUUCUAUCUAUGAGCAAGAUCCUUCUCAUAAUGAACUUCUACUCACUUUAGCAAAAUUAGAUUUCAACAAAUUGCAAAAUCUACAUAAAAAAGAAUUUGGAAACAUUUACAAGUGGUGGAAAGAGCUAGAUCUCCCUAGUAAAUUACCUUAUGCACGAGAUAGAAUUAUAGAAUGUUGUUUUUGGGCUUUGGCGGUAUAUUUUGAGCCCCACUAUUCUCAAGCAAGAAAAAUAGUGGCGAAAGUACUCGCCAUAGCAGCGGCUAUUGAUGAUACAUAUGACGCAUAUGGAACCAUUGAAGAAUUAGAACUUUUCACAGAGGCAAUUGAAAGGUGGGAUAUUAGCUGCUUGGAUGAUCUCCCAGAAUACAUGAAAUUUAUUUAUAAGUCAACCAUAAGACUUCAUGAAGAAAUAGAGCAAGAAAUGAAGAAGGAAGGAAGAGCAUAUUGUGUUAAAUACGCCAUAAAAGAAUUUAAAAUGUUAGUUCAAGCCUACAUGAGUGAGGCCAGAUGGCUCAAGAACAACUAUAAACCAACAACAGAGGAAUACUUGCACGCAUCAUUAGAAACAUCUGGUUACUCAUUCAUGACAACAUUAAGUUACAUUGGCAUGGGAGACACAGCCACAGAAAAUAUCUUUAAAUGGGUAAGAAAUGAGCCAAAAAUUGUUAAGGGUUCUUGUAUUAUUGCUAGGCUAAUGGAUGACAUCGUCUCCAAUGAGUUUGAACAGAAAAGAGGGCAUGUUUCUUCAUUCUUGGAAUGCUAUAUGAGUGAAUAUGGUGUGUCUAGGGAAGUUGCCAUUCAAAAAUGUCAAAAGGCAAUAACAAAUGCUUGGAAGGAUAUAAACGAGGAGUGUCUCAAGCCUACCAGUGUUCCGAUGCCUUUUCUAACACGCAUUCUCAAUCUCUCACGUUUUAUGAAUGUGUUCUAUAAAGAUAAAGAUAACUUCACGCACUCCGGAGGACUAAUGAAGAAAUGUAUUAAAGCAUUGCUAAUAGAUCCGGUGCCAAUUUGAUUGAUUCAAGUCCUUUAUGAUUCCUGUAUUUCUACUUUAAAUAAAGAAAACAUGUCUACAUAUGGGGUUUGAUUUGUCGUACGUGAAUUUAUGUUGAAAUUAUGUGUUUGUUAAGAUGCAUCUACGAUGAAUAUAUUGUGAAAAUUUCUUAGACAUUA